AUGAAUAUAUCUGCUAGGAGAGUAUUAGAAUGGAGUACAAGUAUUGAACUACUGGAUCUAUAUGCCAAAUAUUUGAUGUUGAACAAUUCGACAGACGAUUUAUUAAUCUGCAAUUGCUCAAAGAACGAUGUGUUUGGAAAAUUCUGUGAAUAUCGAUUCUAUUUAAACUGGGAAACAUUUGAUGACGCCAUCAAAGCACAGUUUCAACCAAUUACUGAUCUUGAUAUUGGGAGUCAAUUACAUAACAAUCGUCCAUGUUAUCAAACACAUUUUCAAUGUGAUUUUGGUUUGAUGUGUUUGGUUUGGUCGAAUAUUUGCGAUGGUUAG